AUGAUCGACGAGGUCUGGGAGGUCUCCUUUAGCGAGAGAAAGCGUAUUGCAAGUGUUCUCUCCUUUCUUCGACGGUGUGAAUGUCCCUACAUUGGCCGUCCUGUUGUGCGUAUGUACGGUGAGGGAAAUUUACAGAAAGAUAUGAAGGAAGAAGCUUGGGCAUCGCCUCUUCUUAUUCUUCUCUCAUAUCCAUUAUCGGAGCGUCAUAUCACACUGCACCGAUUUCUUCAGACGGAGGAAGGCCGUCGCCGCGAGGUGAAGCUGUCCUUGGCGUACCAACUUGUCCAAGCUGUUUCUUUUCUUCAUGCCUGUGGAGUGAGCCAUCAGUUUCUUUCCUCUGACGUGGUGUUGGUGGAGGUGGAACCAGAGCCGACCAUUCGUGUUAUACACUUUUGCGGCAGCACAACUUCAUCUGACUGUAGUGGCUCUUACAUCUGCGUGCGGAAUUACAGACCACCAGAGGUGGUUCUACAGCUCAGCGGCAUAAGUCGAAGGCGGUGGACUGCUGGGCGUUGGGUUGUCUACUGUUUGAGAUAUACACCGGCUCCGCCGCCUUCUCACUGGAAGAGUCGGCCGGCAACUUUCGGCCGCAGCUUGUCAGGAAACAAUUAG